AUGAAUCAAGAGUUCGCCGACGACAACAAGGGCAUGGUAUUGGCCCCCGACAUCAGACAGUCGGAUCACGCCACUUCGUCGUCCACAAUCAGCAGCAGAUCGGGCAUCCCAGCUUUCCGAACGCCCGGAGGCAGCACAAGCCAGAAAAGAGUACAGUACCGGGCACUUAGCACGAGCCUCGGGUGGCUUUAUUAAACUUAACAGGUUAAUUAACACUCGCCAUCCGAGGUUCUGUUAAUUGUCGUGUGAUUACCUUGCUGUGAACUAUUGCAGUGUUUGUUUCUCUGCACUCUAUCACUAUCCCAUGCACUUUUCCUUAUCACUUCCGGUUGUAACUGCGACUGUUUAGGACACGGUCGGGAUUCGCAUUACCACCAAGCGGCGGUCAUCGAAGUUGGAGCCAUGGUGCUCCAGAACAUGUUCAGUGCUCUUUCGUUCCUACACUACAGAAAAGAUGACGACUUCGUAG